AUGUUGGGUAAAGAAUUGAAAAAUUGCAACUGCCUCAUGGUGAGGCCAGAAAAGAGGGAGGAACAAGACAUUUUAUUGAGAAAUUUUACUGAACUGAAAGAAAUGCUAAAUCAAGUGAACACCAUCAAUGACAUGGAACCAAUCACGUAUCUGUCUCCAUUUCUGGAUGUUAUAAGGGCUGAAAACACAACUGGACCAGUAACUGGCCUUGGCUUGUCUGCAAUUAGUAAAUUUCUUUCGUAUGGAUUAAUUGAUGCCAAACAUUCAACUGCACCUUUGGCUGCUGAAAAUAUAGCUGAUGCAGUAACGCAUGCACGUUUCAUGGGAACAGAUUCUGCUUCAGAUGAGGUUGUUUUGAUGAAGAUACUUCAUGUUUUGAGGCUGCUGUUGCUCACUCCACUUGGUGUGCUCUUAACUAAUGAAUCUGUCUGUGAAAUAAUGCAGUCUUGUUUUCGAAUUUGCUUUGAAACUAGAUUAAGUGAACUUUUGAGAAGAUCAGCUGAACAUGCAUUAAUGGAUAUGGUGCAAUUGUUGUUUUCAUGUUUGCCACAAUUUACUGAAGAUUCUAGGUGUGCUUUCAUGAAAAAA